UGUAUUGAAUGCAUGGAAAGUAUGAAUGAAUUUUUGAGAAUCAAAUUUAGUCCACUAUUUAUGGCGACAAUUAAUGCGUGAAAUCAUAUGAUUGUUGUGUUUGUCAUCACAUUAUGUCCGGCCCUCACAUCUGCGACGACAAGGAUCUGAUUGAGUUCUGUCCGGCGCUCGACCUGUGGCUCAAACCGUUGUCGAAGAUGACGAUCACUGUAACGCUUCCCGCGCUGAAGGUGUUGGACAACAGCGGAAAGACAAUGACUAUAAGCACGUGGGAAGUGAUGGACAAACUGAAGAAGAAGGUGAAACCGUUGAGGUUUAAGGCGAUCAAAGUGAGCAAAUCCACGAUUGAGUUCAUCCGCUUUGAGGUCGAGUGCGAGUCGAAGAGCAGUUUGACGCUCAUUGAGUCGCGACUCAACAAAAUUGGUCUCAAGUUAUCGGGUUUUGCGGAACAGUUGACUGUAAAGACCGGCAAAUUUAAGAUCGGCUCCACUCGACACGAAUGGGAGACAUAUUUUAGAGAUAAUCCACACAUGAAUGAAAUGAAACCCGGAUUAAGGCCCGACACCAUUCACAUUGAGUCAUUGCCGGUGAAGUGGUUCGGAGGAGAGAAACCAAAACCAAACCUUUUGAUCAAAGUUUUUGGUAUCUUUGGUAAUAUCCGACGCUUUCAUAUCCCAUGUCUUGACAUCAAAGAACAAGACGACGGCUUUAAACGAUUUACUUUUAAUGAGAGCUUAAGUUUUGAUGCAUUUAUUCAAUACAAAGAUUAUAUCGGUUUUGUUAAAGCGAUGGACGCCUUAAGAGGCAUGAAAAUAGUGAAAAAGUUAUCGGAAAUACUAAACCAGAAGAAUAAUUAUCUUGAAUACGAUAUUAAAGUAGAUUUUGACAAAACAAGACAUUUGAGUGACAAAGCGAUCAAAAGGAGACAAAUCGCGCGACAGUUUGCGUUCAGCUCUGAUCCGGCCGUUCAGAAGCUCGCCUUUAAAUCAAUGGUCGAACUCAAGAGAUUAAGAGCUGAAACCAAACGACAACUCAAGAAACUACAGGCAGAGACGGCUAAGGAAAAGGGGAAGACUGAGAACGGGAGUCAAACUCGUGAGAAAACGCCAGACAAUUGUAAACAAACGCAAACCAAUUUAGAUAACAUUCCCGAGCGGUCGGUGUCUGCGACCGAACCCAAGGAGAAGACACCCAAAGAGUUGGAAAAGGAAUUGGAGAGUAAGAAGAGAGCGGAACAGAAGGUGAAGGAUAAGCUCCUUCAAGAAGAAGUCAAACUCAGAGAAAUACUUCUGAAGAAACGUCAGGAAAGGGAACAAAACCUCAGAGAAAUACUUAUUGAGAAACGAAGGGAACGGUUAAGAGUGGAAGCGAAAGGAAAGCUCAAAAGUGUUGCGUCGGUCACUAAUAAUUGUAUUCAGAAUAAUAAAAUCAUCGUCUUUCCGCUGUUGUCCAACACCUUCAGCGCGGGAAGCGUUACAGUGAUCGUCAUCUUCGACAGCGGUUUGAGCCACAGGUCGAGCGCCGGACAGAACUCAAUCAGAUCCUUGUCGUCGCAGAUGUGA